AUGUCUUAUAAUCUAACCCCUUCUACGAAACUUUUUAUGAUCUUGCUUAUAAACCCAAUUGGAUUUACUGUAAUAGCCCAGAUUAACUGUGCUGUUAUGGAGGCUUCCUUGCCGUGCCCAGUCUGGGCACCCAGACUGCAGUGCUCGGGCCACCCCGUAGCCCGUGCUCUGAUUCUUUACACUGUAUAUUUAGUCACCCCCCGUAUCAGAGUCCAUUGUCCGGGGGUAUCCGUUAUUCGGGGGAAUAGGAGAUGGAGAGAAAGUUAUUUAACGCAAUACUAUUUUGAUACUAAUCCAACCCCUAAUAGUAGUACGUUAGCGCUUAAUAUUUAA